AUGCAUUCCGAUCCGGCCGACGCUGCCACAUUGCUCGCGAGCCUUGCGGCACCCGACGGUUUCCGAGGCCUUUAUCUUCGUUGGGCCUCUUUUUUUCGACCGUUUGAGGAAUUCAUUUUCCUCGACGAUUACAAACUUAGUGCUGUGAAGAAAAAAACUGGGAGGAAAAGGAAACCAAAAGAGUUGAUUACCAAGGAGAAGGUCCGCCCGAUUGCCAGACAAUUCCAUCAAUUUCUCUGCAAUGCCCUAAAGCUCCUUCCUGACCUUCUCAGGCGAAGCCCAUGCAAUGCCACAGAGGGCGAUGAAGGAAUGCUGGAGGAAAAGGCCACCGAGCUCCUUAGUAUCUACCGGCUCUGCAUCCAUUGUCUUAUCUGUAUCGCUCCUUGUCUCACCGGCCAACCAUACUCAGUUCAUCUUCAAUGGGGUCAGCUAAUCCGUCGUUUGGAAACUUGGAAUAAAUACAGUACAGCUGAAGAAGAGGGUUUUGCUCUUCUAGAGACAGGGGCAGAUCCUCAGCUUGCGUGUCUAAUAACUGAAGUAGUAAUAGUCCUCACAUACUGUGCUUUUAAGAGUCAAUCAAAGGACGUUGGUGUUUUUAAAAGAAUAUUGGCUCUAGUAGAGCAAACCCAGUCUUGGCUUUGUAUCAUGGAGCCAAAUUCUAUGAUAUCACGCCACACCAUCUUUAUCGAGGCUCUCUAUAGAUGCGCGCUUUUCGUAGUUGAAGAGCGCAAGUCAUUUGAUGAUGAUCUAGUUUAUUCUUUAUGUCUAAAAAUGCUAAAGGAGUGUACGGAGUCACCAUUGCUGGAUCGCUUCCCUAGUAUGGCUCAUCGAAUUUGUUCUGCCAUUGAUGUUAAAUGGGACAGAAAGUCCUCUCUGGUUGUUGAUACGCUAAGAAUGAGCUUGGAAAUUAGCUUUUGUGAGAAAAUGGUUGAUUUGGCAAAAUAUGUGGAUUCAUUGCUUGGUUUUAUAUCAAAUUUUACCGAGGCAUUCUAUUUAAAUGAGAAGGUUAAAGAUGAUUCAGAAUUGUCACUUGAAGUGGCAGAUAAUAUGCAACAGCCUUCAGAAGCUUUGGAACUGUGCUGCAAAACAAUAUGGAAGCACAUACAACUUUUAUGCCAGCCUCAGUUGACAUAUUCUAAAAGCAUUCAAGGCUUUGCGGCAUCCAGAGAUUCAAUAAAAGGUGUCAUCAAAGAUGCAGUUACCAAAUGUCUUAGAAUAAUAGAUAUUUUGCAUAAGCUCGGUGCCUCCAAUUUUCAUGAAGUUGUAUGUAAGAGUAUGUAUGAACUUUCUGUUGUGGAAAUCUCUUUCCCAAACUCAUCCCUCUGUUUUCCAUUGACGAAACAAUGGAUAAAGAUGUUGUGCAAAGAUUUUAGUGAUGUCAAUGAAGUGGAUGAUGCUCCAGUUCUUUAUUCGAUGUUGCUUUGCCAUUGUCCAACAUGGCCAAAGAACAUUUUAGGAGAGAUUCUUGAACAGGAACUUUUAGCAUAUGAUCAACUAGAAGCAUGGAACCCUGCACUUUGCCAUAAAAUGGAGAUAAAAGUAAUUGAAAUUCUCUUGAUGAAUGUUUUUAAUGCUAGAGAUUUCAACCUGCAGAGAGCAAGGGUACUUUUGAGGAAGGGUUUGGUACUCAGAACUCGGGGGAUAGAAAGUUUAAGCAGCUCUUUUGACUGUCUUUGCGAAGCUAUUUCUCUUUUGGAGAAUGCAACUUAUGAUUCGUUUAAAGCAAAAACUUUAGGGUAUCAUCAGUUAGCCUCUGCAUACUUGCUGCGAGCACAAUUUACUCAAGAGAGUAAGAAGAACUGGGAGUUAAUUCAGUCUGAUAUACAAUGUGCAAUCAAUUUAUUAUCUGAACUUGACAUCAGUGUUUAUCAUACUUUGAUUACUGGAGUCAAACCAAGUGUAAAGAAUACAAUAUUCAUAUUGUGCCGCACCCUUGAUCUGCUGUCUUUAAAGGGCUUUUUAAAGUUUCACUUUGACAUAUAUACUUUGAUCAACUUCUUCUGUAAAUACGAAAAUUUAUCAUUGGAGAAAUGUUUGGCUUUGCUAUGGACAGGCAGAAGGCUAGGCCAUUAUUUAUGUCCUUCUCCAAUUGACCCAGAUUUGAUUUCAAGGAUUUCGCAGCUCCCUGAUAAUAGUAUCAACUCUUUUGCUUUCUGGACAGAUUGUUUGAAGAGUUCUUCAUUCUUUCUCUUGAUGUUUGUCCAAAAUUUUUUAAUUUCUGAUUCUAUUUUGAAUGAAGAAAACGUUCAACAAAUUGAAGAUCUUUAUAGCUGUAAACUAUCGGUGGAGGGAGUUAAAGUUGCUGUGUCAUCCCUUCUUUUAGAUGUUUCUGCAAAGAAUGAAAUGGUCUUUUUUGCUGGACAGAUUUAUUACAAUUUGGCUGAAAGUCUUUUUGCAGGUGGAAGAGUACUUGAAGGGCUUUCUUAUGCUAAAGAGGCUUUACAUUUAAGAUAUAAAGUCUUACGGAAAAAGUUUAACGUGUCCAGCAAGAGACCUGUAGAACUUACAGAAUCUUCAGUAGAAGCUAGUGGUGAACAUGAUCAUCUUUUCCUUGAGCUGCUUGGAUCAGCUAUCAGUGACGUUUGGCGAGACAUAAUUAACAUGGAAAAAUGUUCUCUUAGCCCUUGGAUCAUUCUUGGUUGCUAUCUUGAAAGUACUUUGCAGGUUGGGAUUUUCCAUGAAGAAAUAGGAGACGCCGUUCAGGCGGAAAGACUUUUCCUUACUGGAAAAAGAUUUUCAUUUUUACAUUCUUUACCACAUUUUCAGAUUGCUUUCAAUUGUGCUCUAGGUCAGUUAUACCGUAAGAAGCUUUUCUGGGAUUUAGCAGAACAAGAAUUUAACAUUGCUCGGAAGCUUUUACAGGAAAAUGACAUCAUGAUUUCUUGCAGGCAUUGCAAGUUAAUUUUUGAAGUUAAAAUUGAUAUGCAAAUUGCAGAUUUAUCGACGGAACGCUUGAAUAAGGGUUCCCAUGUCCAGUCUAAUGCUCUUGAUAUAUAUAGAUCAGCUUUUAGAAAACUAAGUAAUGAUAAUGUGGAAGGUUCAUUUAUUGGUUCCUGGAAACAAUUUAGUAUUUGUGAAUCUCUAAGCAAAUUCCAGCUUGAAGACACCAGACAUGUCACAAACAACGCUAAAUCACAUCCAUUGGAGAGUGAUAAGAAAUUACUUCCUUGUCACAUUUGUUCUUGUUUAGAAAAUAGUUUUGAUUCUCUGAAAGUUGAGCAACAGAGCUCAACAAUAUUAACUGUGGUGUCACAUGGUGCAGAAUGUGGAGAGUCACAUACGCAAAGGGCCCUAAAAAAACCGUCUAGAAAAGGGUUGAAGCAGCCUGCAAAGGUGGCUAGUCAUAAUAAUAAAUUGAAACCCCAGAGAAGUUCAAGAAAUCGAUCUUUUCAUGACAAAAAUACCAGUAUUUCUGCACAAAGUGAGAAUUAUAGUAGUGCACUUUAUGGGACUCUAGACGCUGAUAUAUUUAGUCAUAGAAAUUCGCAAAUUAAAGAGGAUGGUACUUGUCCAUUCGAUGGUGGAGUUUUUACUAAAGUUGAAUGUUUGAGAUGUCUUUGCCUUAAGAUGAUAAAAGAGGGAACCAUGGAGAAUUUCAUUCAUUUUAAAUGGCAAUGUCAGCGAAGGCGUCUUUUAUUAAGGCUUUUACUGAAAAUUGCAAAAUCUCUGGAGGCACCUUGUGAAAAACAGGAUGCACAUGAAGUACAUCGUGUAUUUUGGCAAUGCAUCUUUGUGUUGUUUGAUGGAGAGCCUUGCUUUGAUGCUAAUUUCCAUGGUUGUGAUUUAAAUUUGUUCAAAUUAAUGGGGGACAAUAAUAUAGGGGACAUUUUUUCUGUUGAACGUGCUGCUUUACUGUACAAUAUGAGCUGGUUCUUUUUGAAAGAUUUUCAUCCCGAGCACAUGAGUACCAAAUGCUGUUCACUCUCAAAUGUACAUAUGCAAGACAUCAUUUCAUGGUUAUUAAUGGCCUUCAUACUAUGUCGACAGAUCCCGUCACUUUUUCAAAAGGUGUCUCGGCUCAUUGCGUCACUUAUCUUACUAUUAACUGUAGAGGGCUCCAUUCCUCCACCUCUUUGCUCACAAGGUUCACUUUCUUUAAGCCAUUGGGCUGCAUUUUUUCAUCAAGCUUCUAUUGGCUCAAUUGUGAACUAUCAAUAUCUUUCUCAUCUUCGAGAUAAGGCAUGCAAUUUCAAGACUUAUAAGGGCCUAGAAAGCGAGAAUGUAUUGGAAUCAGAGACAAAUGUAAAUUACAUCUCAAGAUAUGCACCAGAAAAACUUGAAAAUCUUGGAGAAUUCGUUGAGGACUUUUUCCUUGGCCUCCCUAGAAUUUCAAUUAUUUGCAUUAGCUUGCUUGAUGGUGAUUAUGUAAACCUGCUCGGGGAAAUGUUGAUUCUACCUUCCUUUUUUCCGGCAUGGUUGCUUAUCACACGGUUUGAUGGGAACAAACAACCGAUUAUUAUGCUGUUGCCUGUUGAUUCAAUUUCAGAAGAAUUUCAACCCAAGUCUAGUCCAUGCAAGGAGUUCAUACGUGAAAAUGUGGUCUCUGACUGGCCGUGUCCUUGGAGUAGUGCUGUGAUUGACGAUGUGGCUCCCUCGUACAAGCUUAUUUUAGAAGCAAAUUUCUCGUCUCUAUCUAAUCAUGUCCUUAAUGAAGCUGAGGCCCGUCUUAACUACAUCAAGUGGUGGUCUGGUAGAAUGAUUCUUGACAAUCAACUAAAUAAUUUAUUGAAAGCAAUGGAAGAUAAAUGGAUAGGACCAUGGGGGUGCUUGCUUUUGGGUGAGAGAGUGGAUACCAAAUCUCUUGAAAUUUUUGCUGGGAGACUGUCAAAUUCUCUGAAUUCCCAAUGUGAUUUUAUAUUCAAUGAUAAUCUCAUCAAAGUUAUACUCAGUGGUGCUCAAUCUGUCUUUGCUGUUGAAGCCUGCAUUGCUCAGUCACUGUUUUAUAAAGGAUUCUUUGGUAGGGGAGGAUGUUGUGGGGAGCAAAGGUUCAGGGCAUUUGUUGACCGUAGUAAAGAAGUUAAGUCAAUCCUCACAUCUAUUGAGAGUUUGAUUUCAGAAGCAAUGGGUGAAGGCAUGAAGGUUGAUAGGCAACCAAUUAUUCUCGUCUUAGAUUCUGAUGUGCAGAUGAUCUCAUGGGAGAACAUGCCAAUAUUGAGAAAGCAGGAGGUUUAUCGCAUGCCUUCCUUAGGCAGCAUUCUACUAAAACUGAACUAUCAUGCCCGUGAAAAGAGCACAUUUGAAGUUAAUCUUCCAUGCAUAGACCCUUUUCGUGCAUAUUAUUUGCUUAAUCCUAGUGGCGAUCUCAUUCAUACACAGCAACAAUUUGAAGAAUGGUUUCAAAAUCAUAAGUGGGAGGGCAAAGCAGGAAAUGCUCCAACAAGUGAGGAACUAUUGCUAGCUUUACAAAAUCAUGACCUAUACUUGUAUUUUGGUCAUGGAAGUGGAAUGCAAUAUAUACGUGCGGAUUCUUUUGGAAAACUUAGUAGUUGUGCUGCUGCUUUCCUCAUGGGUUGUAGCAGUGGAUCUCUUAGACAGAGAGGUUGCUAUGCGCCUCAAGGUGCUCCCCUUCACUACUUAUUUGCAGGCUCCCCUGCAAUUAUUGCAAAUUUAUGGGAGGUAUCCGAUAAAGAUAUUGACCGUUUCGCGAAGGCCAUACUCAACUCUUGGACUCAAGACUCCAUUCUUCAUAAAUGCAACAAAUGUAUCGAUUUGGCAGAAACUUCUAAUGCCGGAAAAUCGAAGUUCCCAUCAAGAAGAAAUUUUUUGAAAUAUGCAGAGAUUGUUGAGGAGACUUGCAGGUUUUGUGAAGCCAAAUUGAGAGUUGCUUCAUUUAUUAGUGAGGCGAGGAGUGCUUGCAAACUUCCUACUAUAAUAGGGGCAUCAGUUGUUUGCUAUGGUGUGCCUACAAUUUUAAAGAGAAAAUAAUAAAUUUAUAAGAAAUUGUUGCAAUGGUUUACGGAUGAUGCCAGCUAUUUUUCAGCAGACUAAUGGCUAUUGCUAUGCUUGUAUGGUGCCUUGCUGGGUUCCAUGCUCAUCGGAUGGUGUUGAAAAUAGUUUGAAUUGGGAUUUGACGAUGGAAAUGGAUCGAGUUGUUGCCGGUGAUUGGCAGGUGGUUCUGGGUCGAGUUUAUCGGGAAAUAGCUGUUCUGGGACUUCUGUGUUUCAGAGCUUUUCUUCUAAAGGAGAGUGCAGAUAGAUCAUAUCAUAUAUCGGAGGAAAUUGCAGAAAUCAGGCGAGAGACAGUAAAAGAACUCAAGAAAUCAGCUACGGAAGAUGGGAGACGGAAAUCCUUUGAAAUGCUUUCUUAGAUUUUUCGUCGAUCUAGAAAUCGGGCAGAAGCGAAUGCGGGAGAGGAAUCGAAGAUUGGUAGCAGACAAGGAGGGUUUCGUCGAGAUCGUAGAGAUUGCACAGAAGGCCAGAGUUUCGCGGAGUUUAAGUUUCGAUCGCACAGAAGGCUGGAGAGAUCACAGUUUGCGAUUGAGCGGAUGAAUGUGACGAACUGGGAUCGCAGAUCGCGUAUGGACGAAUGCGAAGAAUCUGGAAUCGCAGAUCGCACAUAAGGCCAAAGGCCGCAGCAAAGUCUUCGACAGCAGUUUCUAUGGUACAAUCCCUUACUCGAUCCGAACUAGUUCUAAUAUCAUGUUAACAAUUGCAGAGGAGAAGAAGAAAGAAAAAGUGGCUAGGGUUUCAAUU